AUGGGCAAUGGGAUCAGAAUUUGGAGCCCUCAUCCCGCUUUAGCAACACUUGGUUUUCAAGGCCUUCAAGUCACUUUCUCCCUAUUAUCUGGCCAAUCCGUUCAACAUCUAAAACUCCAUGGCCUGAGUCCGACUGAAAUCGCAAUCAUCGUGCUAUCCGGUCCAAUAUGUGGUGCGACCUUCCAGCCAUACUUUGGCAUUCGGAGUGAUAGAUGCCACUCCGUGUGGGGCAGGCGAAGACCGUUUAUUGUUAUUGGAACGACCUUUCUCAUCACCUCCAUGCUUUGCUUGGCAUGGGUUGACUCGAUUGUACACAUUAUUCUACUAAGGUCGUGGUCUCCCUCGUCGUUGGACGUGGAACAACUAGAUGCAAAGCUCUUGCAGAGUGUGGUCAUGGUUGUUGCUCUUCUCUGCAUGUUCAUUAUCAACGCCGCUACUCAGGCCCUUCAAGUCGGACUACGUGCUCUUAUUACAGACUAUGGCACAUUGACACAGCAGGCCGAAGCCAACACCUGGGCCGGCAGGCAUGUCAAUUUUGCCGCGGUUCUUGCCUUUUCUGCGGCUUACUUGGACUUCCCUCAACAUUUUGGUAUACAAGGAAAGUCAAAAUUCGCGUCCAUGGGCAUCUUGACAGCGAUAUAUUUGUUGCUCUCGGUGAUGACAACAUGCUUUUGCGUGUCCGAAACACCUUACGGUGUCCAGGAAGACUUGGAUAUGCGACAAGGACUGAACUUGAAAACACUGCGAAAUGUUUUCUCCAACCUGACCAGAGAGAUCAAACUUGUUUUUCUAGUCCAGUUCCUCGCUUGGUUCGGAUGGUUUCCCUUUUUAUUCUACAUUGUCACUUACAUUGAUAGUCUCCAAACAGCAAAAUCCGGAGAGAGAUACCGAGAUCUCGGUUCACUGGCUCCUCUCUCAUACAGUCUUGUUGCUUUAUUGGUUGCCAUUGUACUACCUAGCGGCGCAUAUGGCAAGAAAGAAUCAAUAAAAAUGGCUAGAUCAGAGAAAUUGAGUUGGCACGAAUCCAUUUCCAAUCCCUAUAAUCUGUGGAUUGCCUCUCAAGGUGUCUUUGCGAUCUCUAUGUUAGGCGCGACAUUUGCGAAAUCACCGCUUGAAGCAGUCAUUCUCUUCUCCGUCGUUGGUUUCAGUUGGGCAAUUUCUUCGCGCGUUCCAUAUUCGAUUUUAAGCAAUGAGCUAUGUUCACGACACCCGAUAGAAGACGGUGAGCAAUUUUUGACGAGGAGACAAGGCCUGAUACAUGGUCUACAUAAUGUUGCAAUUUGUCUCCCACAGAUUAUAAUAAUGCUGCUCAUGGGUGUCUUCUUCAAAAUCACCGAGGAGAAUGGAAACUCUGGGUCUAGGGCGAGUGACGAACAAUUUCUCGAUGUUGCAUUAUUUUUACGCCUUGGUGGCUUGUUCUCGCUAGCUGCUACAUACUACGCGACAAAAUUGGGCCGAACGACCUCGGUUCAAGACGAGUAUGAGUGUCAGCAAAUACUCAUGGAAGAAACGAGACGUCUUUCUCAGGAUUUCACUCAGGAUAUCUAA